AUGACAGCCCGAGCUCAGCUGAUCUCGGCCUUCAUUUGCCCGCUCGGACACUUUCAGUGGAAGCGCAUGCCGUUCGGGCUGAAGAACGCCCCUCUGAUCUACCAACAGCUUUUGGAUAACUGUCUCUGGGGCUUCGUACGGUUACCUCCGGAAGAGGAACGGCUUAUCGACCCGGAGGUGUUAGAGUUCUGGGGGAUUUCUCCCGAGGACUCGGAUGACCCGGUAUCCCAGGGCACGGAGCCCCGGGGGGCGGUGGUCUCCAGGACCAGCACUGACACCGUGUUCCACCAGAACCGGGUUGCCCCGAAACAGAUGGGGCCUGUGCUGUCCCGAAGUUCGUACAUUGACGACAUUAUCUACGGAGCUCCGUCCUGGGAUGACCUGUGCAAAACACUGAAUGCCCUCCUGUACCGACUGCGGUACUGGAACAUUUCGGUGAGCCUCCCAAAGAGUGAGUUCGGGGUCAAGAAAUGCAAGUACCUCGGGCACGACAUCAGCUCGGACGGAAUCCGGACGCCCCCGAAGCUAGCGGAAACGGUUCUCAACUUGCCGUUCCCGAAGGCCCAGAAAGGAGUACAGUCCCUCCUCGGAAGCCUCAAUUACUACGCCAAGUUCAUCGAGGACCUACUCGUACUCGCGGCCACUCUCUACGAAACAUCGGACGAGCAACUCCGUUCCGGACGAGAAUUGGAGAAGCCCAAGCAUGCGUUCAAAAUACUCAAGGACCGGCUAGUGUCGACGCCACUGCUCCAGCACCCCGACCCCGGGAGGCAGUAUGUAAUAAUAUUGCAUGCCAACCCCUGGGCCAUCAGCGCGGUUUUGGGGCAGGAUCACGACGGCACCAUAAUAUUUGUGCGGUUCGUGGGACGGGUUCUCCAAAACGCCGAGCUUCGGUACCAUCCCGCCGAUAAAAGAGGUUUAGCACUGCUCUGCGUCCUGAACACAUGCCACACGAUGAUUACCAGCUGUUCCGAGAAGAAAAUUCGUGUGUACACCCGGUACUUGGUGCUGGCAUGGCUGUUCAAAUCCAAGACGGUGGACGGAAGAUGCCUCAAGUGGGCAGUCAAUAUGUCCCCCUGGGAUCUCGACAUUCGACGAGUUGAGAACGACGAAGAUGGCUUGGCAGCGAUCCUGGGAGCAGGUAUCACCCCCCGGGAACGCCUCGACGAGGUCGCCGAGACCCUGGUUCCGGAAAAGGGUUCCCACCCCCAAUCAGCCUGGAGAUGCUCUCUAGUGACCACAUCGGGCACCUGA